AUGGGCAAGCACACGGAGCGAGCCAAGGAGAGUCCAUUCAAGCAGCAGUCGAUGAUCCUCGUGCCUAUGGACACACCAGGCGUGCAGGUCGUGAAGCCCAUGCAUGUCUUUGGCUACGACGACGCACCGCACGGACACAUGGAUAUGCUGUUCAAGGACGUGCGUGUGCCGUUCAGCAACGUGUUGCUCGGUGAAGGUCGCGGCUUUGAGAUCGCUCAGGAUCGUCUUGGACCUGGCCGUAUCCACCACUGUAUGCGAGCCAUCUGA